AUGGAGAUUCCCGCUUUUCUCAAGCUGGUCCUUGUUGGUGCCAUUGCUUUACUCAAUAUCAUAACAUUGGGCCUCCUAGCAUAUGUCGUUAAUUCGUGGAAUGGCUCCCGAUAUGGCGGCUGGGGGUACUACUACCACGUCAGCUCGCCUUCUCAGGUCAACUUUAUGCUCUUCAACACCAUCUGGACCAUCCUUGUUCUGGUCUACCUGGCCGUUGUUCCUCGCCUCAUGUCAUCUUUGUACCACAGCAUCGUUGCUCUGCCGCUGUUGGGUAUUAGCACUCUCUUCUGGUUUGCUGGUUCUAUUGCUCUUGCUGCUCUCAUCGGCGCUGGCAAUUGCAAUGUCGCCUCUGUUUGUGGCCCGUACAGGGCCGCGCAGGCAGCUACUGCCUUCGGUUUCUUCAUCUGGGCCAUGUUCACAGUUCUCACCGUUUUCGAGCUACUCGCCCUCCUCAAGCACGGCUUCAAGAAGGGCUCUAAUCCCGAGAGCACUGGCAACCAAAUGACCACUCAGACGGCUCAGACGUAUCCCGGCGCAUAA